UCUCCUCCUCUUCCUCUCUCCUCCAUAUUUAAUGGUCACGCAUUAACCGAAGAGAAAAGAAAAAAAAAGAAAAGCCUUUUCAUAACUCUACCAAAAAAAAACACCCCCAAUUUCCUAUACUCUUAUCUCUUCCCUAAUCUCUCCAGAAAUCCAGUCUUUUGGACUAUUUGCUUGUGAACAAUGCCUGAGGGAAUAACGCCUGAGAGUCUUAUGAACAACCUCGUCGAAACAAUUGCUGAUGGUGUUUCGAAGAAGAAAUCUGUGUCCUUUUUUCAGGAAGAUGAAUCGAAGAAGAAAUCUGUGUCCUUUUUUCAGGAAGAUGAAUUAAAGACAGUCGGUGCUCAGUUCAAUAGACUGUUUGGGCGCCAAAAGCCAAUCUAUAAUAUUUUAGGAGGUGGAAAAUCUGCUGAUGUGCUGUUAUGGAGGAACAAGAAGAUUUCUGCAGGUGUCUUAGUUGGUGCUACAGCCAUCUGGGUGCUCUUUGAAUGGCUUAAUUACAAUUUUCUCUCAUUCCUAUGCUUUGGUUUGAUAAUUGGCAUGAUAGCUCAGUUUGUUUGGUCAAAUGCUUCGGGUUUAUUAAACAGGUCACCACCCAAAGUCCCUCGCAUUGUUCUGCCUAAUGAGUUAUUUAUCAACGCUGCCAAGUCAGUUGGUGCUGAGGUUAACCAAGCUUUGGGGUUUCUUCAAGAUGUCGCAUGUGGAGGAAACCUUAAGCAGUUUGUAGUGGUUGUAGCAAGCUUGUGGGCUGCUGCUAUUGUUGGAUGCUGGUGCAAUUUUCUGACUGUCCUGUAUGUUGGCUUUGUUGCUGCACACACGCUGCCCGUUCUGUAUGAGAGGUAUGAUGACCAAGUUGACGGGUUCGUGAACAGUGCCCUCAAUCAGUUUCAGCAUCACUAUCAGAAGCUGGAUGCUGGUGUCCUUAGCAGAAUUCCCAAAGGAAAGCUUAAGGGGAAGAAAUAUGAAUAGAAAUGUCUGCUUACCAUCUGGAUCAUCAUCAGCAAAUUCAAUGUAUGGCUAUUAAGUUGAGUUGUUAUUCUUGCAUGUGCAAAAUCUUAGAGACCGAUUUCAUGGUAAAACUAUGAAUGCCUAAGUCGUUAAACUUUCUUUAGAGAAACUCUCUGGAUUUAUAUAGGGAAUUUUUAGCA